UGUCGAAGAUUCUAGGGUCUAACAACGGUCUCGCGACCAGGCCCGGAGUCACCGCUAUUAGUGUGCUCUCAAGUGAACGCCGAAAUUAUGUGGGGACACGCCAUUGUUACCGCCAAAUAUCAAGCUUUAAGCUUAAAUCUCGUUUUCGGGCUGACAAAACCUACGAAGUGUAUACUCCUUCCUUGACUUUUUUCAGGGAUGAUGUUGGUAAAACGGUAUGGGAUGCUGAACGGUAUCAACGUUCAACAAACCCUAUACUGAGCAACAACGUGAAAAUGAACGCGAAUGGGAGAGAUUCGCAACAAGAAACCGAUAGCAAUGACAUUACCAUGAAGCGCUUAGAAACUACUUGCAGAGACGAUAACUAUGGAAUGCACAAACAAAAUGAAACUUACCGGGCCAAAUCAAGCUGUGUUCGCAGAAUAGAAAAGUUAGAACGCGGAAUGUUGAUAAAAGAAGCGAUACCAACAUCAGGAAGCCAUAAAAGCCCAUCAAAACAGCAAAAGAACAACGCGAAAUAA